UUUUGUUGGGGCACGUGAAGAGUGCGACGUCAUCAUAAACACUCGUAGGCAAGAUGGCUUCUCCUGGCACCGGAAAGGUAGUUUAUGAACAUGAGGGUGUGUUCAUUCAUUCAUCUUAUGGAAAAGACGACGCACAAGACAGCUUAAUAUCUGGGACAUUGCGUGUGAUAGAAAAGGAUGCUGACGUUAUUGUAGAUUGGAGAAGACUGGAAGAAACUUUGGAUUCUUCAAAUAUUCUGUGUGCUGUGAAGGACUCAAGUUCAGUUGUGGAGUGGACUCCAACUCCAACAGUUGGCAGUGUCCAUGGGACAUCACACCAAAACAGUUAUGAAGCUGAAUGGGACAUGGUCAAUACAGUUUCUUUCAAGAAGAAGCAAUUUUCAAACGGGGGUGUUCAGAGUCCUUUGAACAUGCAGAGCAAGUGGUCAUUCCUCUUCAGCCUGACUGACCUGAAGUCAAUUAAACAAAACAAAGCAGGCAUGGGCUGGUCUUAUUUUGUUUUCUGCUUGAAGGAUGAUGUUGUCCUUCCAGCUCUCCACUUCCAUCAAGGAGGAAGCGAACUUCUGCUUGAAUGCCUUGAAAAAUAUGUGGUGCUGUGUGAAUCUGAACAGGAUGGUAGAGUUCUUCUUGUGAAUAACCAAAACAAGAGCCUUUCCCAGUCAUUUGAAAACCUUCUUGAGGAACCAACAUAUAAUUUACUACAAAAAUUAAAAAAGGAUCCAUACACAGCCACUAUGGUAGGUUUUUCCAAAGUCACAAACUACCUAUACGACACCUUAAGAGGCACAGAUCCAUCGACGCACCGCAGACCUCCCCAGGAAAUGGCGGACUUCCUUGGAGAUGCGAUUCCAGAUUUAAAAAUAAACCAGCAAGAAGAAUCUGGAUUUGAAGUAAUAACUCGUAUUGAUGUGGGAACGCGCCCAGAAGUCCAUAGGAGAGAUCCAGUCUCAACAUCUGAAUGGGAUAGUUAUAUGGACCCUGAAGGAAGAAUCACAAAUGUGGACCACCUGAAGAAUAUAAUAUUUAAAGGGGGGCUCUGCCAUGCACUGAGAAAGGAAGCUUGGAAAUUUCUGUUGGGUUACUUUCCAUGGGACAGCACAAGAGAAGAGCGCGCUAAUAUACAAAAAAGGAAAACAGAUGAAUAUUUCCGGAUGAAACUGCAGUGGAAAUCGGUUAGCGAGGAGCAAGAGAAGCGAAACUCAAGACUGAGAGAUUACCGAAGUUUAAUAGAAAAAGACGUCAACCGCACAGACCGAACAAAUAAAUUUUACGAAGGCCAGGAUAAUCCAGGAUUAAUUUUACUUCAUGACAUUUUAAUGACGUAUUGUAUGUACGAUUUUGAUCUUGGAUAUGUACAAGGAAUGAGUGAUUUGCUGUCUCCGGUUCUAUAUGUGAUGGAAAAUGAAGUAGAUGCAUUUUGGUGCUUUGUAUCAUAUAUGGAUCAGAUGCAUCAGAAUUUUGAGGAGCAGAUGCAGGGAAUGAAGACACAGUUGGUCCAGUUGAGUACUUUGCUCAGGUUGCUGGAUAGUGGAUUCUGCAGCUAUCUUGAAUCUCAGGACUCUGGUUACCUCUACUUUUGCUUUCGGUGGCUUCUGAUCAGGUUUAAGAGGGAAUUUAGCUUUCAAGAUAUUCUCCGGGUCUGGGAGGUAAUGUGGACAGGGUUACCAUGCCAAAAUUUCCAUCUCCUCAUUUGUUGUGCUAUACUGGAAUCCGAAAAACAACAGAUAAUGGAUCAAAAUUAUGGCUUCAAUGAAAUUCUUAAGCACAUCAAUGAACUUUCCAUGAAGCUAGAUGUAAAUGAUGUUUUGAGUAAGGCUGAAGCAAUUUCUUUACAGAUGAUGAAGUGCAAGGAUUUGCCUCCAGCAGUCUGUGAUGUUCUUGGACUUAAGAGCAACACUACCCCUUUUGGAGAACUUUGUGAUGAAAGCCUUUUGAGGAAACAUCACCAAAGCUCAUCACCUCAACACAUCUCUGUGCCUACACCUUCUGCCAAUGGGACAAAAAGCCAAACUCUGCCAGUCAGUGUUCACACGCCGACUUCUGCCUGAAACUGCCGUUCUUCUCAAGAGCACUUUCUGAUUAAAACAUUGACUUGACACUUGAUUUACUAUGUGACUUUACCUUUUAAUCUUCAAGAUUAAAAACAAAUUGCUAAACAAACAUUUACAAAUCAUUACUUUCAAAAAGAGCUCAUGCAAUUAUUUUUGUAGUUGUCCUGAACCAAACAGCCUUCUAACGUCAUUCCAUAACCUUUUGGUAGCGAACUAAGCAACUCUAGCAAACUGGAAAAUACCUACUUUCAGUAGAUGGUUAUGCAUUCAAUAAAGCUUGCAACAAUUCA